AUUACGUGUAUAUCGUUAAACUGAGCAGUAGAAUAGAUUUAAAAAUAAAAAUAAAAAAAGUAAAAUAGCUCGGGAUAAAAAUCGACGUAGUGUAGUUAGUUAGCGUUACAUUUGGGUAGUCACUGGCAGUUCAUUAGGCGGGAAAGUGGCAGAUCUGGCAACACAGCUAACCUGGCCUAGUUGUUCGGUGUGCCGCGUGAUUACUGGGCCCAGCCAGCCGAGGCGAGCAGUAGCAUCCAGUGACGUGGGAGCGCCGAAAGAGACUUACCUACCAGGACAAAGAUUUUUCCGUACAGUGACUCAAAAUGGAUUCUUUUGAUAGACAGGAGUUCGUGCCUGAUGGAGCAUCCAACCACUCUCAGGAUUACAUUGCUCCUUAGGUCGUGGCAGAAGAGGGAGAGGAGGAGGAUUUCGGAGCUCCUUUUCUUCAGAAAUGGGCAGCUGGAACGAUCAUGGAGGGGAGAGAGGAGCUUUCAGAGGAAGAGGAGGUAGAGGUCGAGGCUUUGGUGGAAACGAUGAGAAACAAUUCAGCGGGGCAAAUUCAACCCAGGACAAUGACUUCAGUGGAGAAAGAAGAGGCAGAGGAAGCCGCGGUGAAGGUGCUGGAAGAGGAGGCUUUGGUGGAGGGUAUCGUGGAAAGAACGAGGAAAUCUUCACCCAAGAUAAUAAAGAGUCAGAGGGCCCAGAAAACCCAGAUGGUAGUGUCCGACCAAAAGUCACCUAUGUUCCUCCAGCCCUUCCUGAAGAUGAGGACUCUGUGUUUGCACACUAUCAGCAAGGCAUUAAUUUUGACAAGUAUGAUGACAUCCUAGUGGAUGUGAGUGGAACCAACCCAGCAUCUGCCAUAUUGACAUUUGAUGAGGCAGCCUUGUGUGAGUCCCUGCGAAAAAACAUCAGCAAAUCUGGUUAUUCAAAGCCUACCCCAGUUCAGAAGCACGCUAUCCCAAUUAUCUCUGCUGGUCGAGAUCUCAUGGCAUGUGCUCAGACUGGAUCUGGAAAAACGGCUGCAUUCCUACUUCCAAUUCUGCAACAGCUAAUGGCUGAUGGUGUGGCUGCCAGCAGCUUCAGUGAGCUCCAGGAGCCGGAGGCAAUCAUCGUUGCCCCAACCAGAGAGCUUAUCAACCAGAUUUUCCUGGAGGCCAGGAAGUUUGCCUACGGAACAUGUGUGCGUCCAGUGGUGGUGUACGGUGGAGUAAACACUAGAUUUCAGCUAAGAGAAAUUUCAAAGGGCUGCAACAUAGUGUGUGGAACUCCAGGGAGAUUGUUGGAUGUGAUUGGACGAGGAAGGGACUUGCUUCUGGAUGACUGCAGCUUCGUGUGGCUAACCUGUGCCCAGGUUGACAUGUUUGCUCGAAUCGGUCCCAGGAUUUCCCUACAAACUACUAAACGGCAGGUGUUCCAUGUCAGCUGCGGCGCACCUCUUCAUUUCUCUCUGAUCGGACUGACCAAGCUUCGGUAUCUGGUUCUGGAUGAGGCUGACAGGAUGUUGGAUAUGGGCUUUGAGCCUGACAUGCGCCGCCUGGUUAGUUCGCCUGGGAUGCCCCCCAAAGAGAAUCGCCAGACUCUGCUGUUUAGCGCUACCUACCCUGAAGACAUCCAGAGGUUGGCUGCUGACUUUCUCAAGAUGGACUAUUUGUUCCUGGCUGUUGGCAUAGUAGGCGGGGCUUGUAGCGAUGUUGAGCAGACGUUUGUCCAAGUCACCAAGUUCUCAAAGAGGGAGCAGCUUCUUGACGUUCUUAAGACCACUGGAAACGAGCGCACAAUGGUGUUUGUUGAGACAAAGAGACAAGCUGAUUUUAUUGCCACUUUCCUGUGCCAAGAGAAGCUCCCCACGACCAGUAUUCACGGGGAUCGCGAACAGCGCGAGCGAGAACAGGCUUUGGCAGACUUCAGGACCGGCAAGUGUCCUGUCCUCGUCGCCACGUCAGUUGCUGCCCGCGGCCUGGACAUUCCAGACGUGCAACAUGUGGUGAAUUUUGAUCUCCCCAACAACAUCGACGAGUAUGUCCACCGCAUCGGCAGAACCGGCCGCUGUGGUAAUAUUGGCAGGGCGGUGUCUUUCUAUGAUCCAGAAAAUGACAAUCAGCUGGCUCGCUCCUUGAUCACAAUCCUGUCCAAGGCCCGACAAGUAGUGCCGUCAUGGUUGGAGGAGUCUGCAUUCAGUGGAGGGGCCACGGGUUUUAACCUUUCCAACAAGGGCUUUGCUUCCUCAGACUCCAGGAAGUUUAAACAGGCAGGAGGUGAGAGGAGCCAGCCACUUCCUCAGGUUGCAGUUGCUGACGAUGAUGAUUGGGAGUAGAGGAGAAGGCACCCCCACCAAGCACUGCCCUUUGUUGCGUGAACCAGUGCUGCACGUUGUUUUAUCGGCCCGUUUUUGUUUUGUGAACCAAAAGGAUUGCUUCAGGAAAAAUUUAAGAAUGUCCAAGAUGUGAAAAGAGAAAUGUUUGUGUUUGUGUAGUGUUUUCAUCUGUAGGAUGUAAAAAUAUUACAUUUAUUUUUUUAGGGGUGUGUUAUUUACCAUUUAAACUGGGAUAUGGCGUGGGGGGGGGGGGGAUUGUCA